AUGGCCAAGGGCUGCUUGGCCAGCCGACCUGACACAGACUCGUCCCAGUCAAACCCGUUGACUACAGGUCUAGGAUCGGACCGGAUUUCAGACGAGCCGUUUCAAGAAGAAGAACAAAAAAUGCCUCAGAGGCACUCGAAGAACAAUAACGAUUUAGCAUUCUUUACGUACGACGAGAAGCGGAAGCUAGGCUAUGGCACGCAGAAGGAGAGGCUCGGGAAAGACUCGAUUAAGCCGUUUGAUGUCUGCAGUCUCUGCUUGAAGCCUUUCAUCGAGCCCAUGUCUUGUCUCAAGGGCCAUGUUUUCUGCAAAGAGUGCAUUCUCGAGUGCCUGUUGGCGCAGAAGAAAGACAUUCAAAGAAAGCAAGCGGCCCACGCUGCCCAACAGAAGCAAGAGAAAGAAGAAGAGGAAGAGAGGCUGAUGCUGCAGAAGGCCCGCGAGCUCGAAGCUUUUGACCAGCAGAACCAUGGGGCGAUACCCAAGUACAACGACAAGGGCCACAACAGCACGGACAAAAAUGAGUUCCACGGGGCCAACAGCGUGAAAACCACUUCAUACGAAGAGGAAGCCCUCCGAACCAUGAAAGCCUUCUGGCUGCCCUCGGCCACUCCUGAGGCCCCCAAGAAAGUGGCCCCACCUCCCUCCGAUACAGUCUGCCCGGAAGGCAAAGAAAAACUCCGGAUGAAAAAUCUUUUCCCCAUUCAUUUCACGGAGGAUACUAAUGAUAAGCAAAAAAUUCGCUCGAGUUCCCUUGACAAAACGUACAUCUGCCCCAGCUGCAAGGUCACUUUGACCAAUACACUUUCGCUCGUGGCCUUGAGUUCCUGUGGGCACGUGUUCUGCAAGAAGUGUGCGGGUAAGUUCAUGGCCGUGGAUAAGGUGUGUUUGGUCUGUGACAAGCCUUGCAAGGAAAGGAAUCUCGUAGAUUUGGUAAAGGGGGGAACUGGUUUCGCGGGCCAUGGAGAUCAUUUGGAGGCAAAAGACUUCAAGCACUUGGGGAGCGGAUCGGGCCUUGGGCUUGUUAGGCCUGCCAUGAAGACUUGA